CCUCCCCCUUGUUUUCUCCCCCGUCAGCAGUUUGACUGAGUGUGUUUCUCUCUCACACAUCUCAGUAGGGCUCUUCACUGUGGAACUAGUGUGGAAGUGCAGAAGUGAAGUUCACUACUCUCUCCGUAUGAACAGGCUCAUACUUUAUUCAAACACAGUUGCGUUUCAUAUCAAAGCGACGUUUUUUUUGUAUCCACACCGGACCUCGACGCGUGUCCUGGAGAAAAGCCAGUUUAUAUCGAGGCGUGUUUUGAAGUGUUUCGAAUCUCAUUCCGGGGCCGAAAUGAUCCAAUUAAAUUAGCGUUAGCCGAUGCUAUUUCGCUAGCACGCUACCAGUGCCACACAGGAGUUAGCCUGCUAGCUAAUGCAAUAGACUUAAUAUUGUUCUCGGGGAACUUAGCUGGCUUGGUAUUGCUAACUUCAUAGAGCGAGGUAGUUAUAAAAAAAGAGAUCGAUGCAGUUUGGAGACUCGAUGGUUGGUGUUUUCGAUGUUUGGACUCGUGUUUGAGGGGAUUUUGCAAGUAUUCACACUUCAGGGUUUUUUUUUUGACAGCGAGGCCGCGAAUUAGCCAACAUCUCAGUCUCGGCUUAGCUUAGCCUGUUAGCUAGCUAGUCUUGUGUGUGUUUGAGUGAGAGAGAGGGGGGAGAGGGAGGCAGGGAGGCAGUCAGGAAAAGAGAGAGGUAAAGUUCGUCGCUGUUGCCUCGAGAUGCCCGCGAUGUUGGAAAAGGGGACGACGGAGAUUUCAGGGAAGAGAAGAGGCAGAAACUCGGUGAGCAAUCCGACCAAAAGUUUCACGUCGAAUGGCAACAGUAACAACUCUUGGGAGGAAGGAAGUUCGCCUUCCUCCAGCGAUGACGAGCACGGAGGGAUGCGAGUCGGCCCACAGUUUCAGGCUGUAGUUCCAGACUACGACCCCGAAGUGGCCAAGGCGAGCCAGGAGAGGGAAAACUUGGGAAUGCUGGUGUGGAUUCCUAACCAAAAUCUGUCUGAGUCUAAAUUGGAUGAAUAUAUUGCUAUUGCCAAAGAGAAACAUGGGUACAACAUGGAGCAGGCAUUAGGAAUGCUUUUCUGGCACAAACACAACAUAGAGAAGUCUUUAGCAGACCUUCCUAACUUCACCCCAUUCCCUGACGAAUGGACAGUGGAAGACAAAGUGCUGUUUGAACAGGGUUUCAGCUUUCACGGCAAAACUUUCCACCGCAUCCAACAAAUGCUUCCAGACAAGUCUAUUGCAAGCCUUGUUCGAUUCUAUUACUCCUGGAAGAAAACACGCAGCAAAACCAGUGUCAUGGACCGCCAUGCUCGCAAACAGAAGAGAGAUCGUGAGGAGAGCGAUGACGAGGCUGAUGAGACACACUGCAACUCUCCAGGUGACAACGAAUUAGAGUCAAACAAGGAGGAGAAAAAAGAGGGUGCAUCUGCUCUUGAAAAACAGGAUACAAAACCUGCACUUGUCCAGAAGCAAGCACCUCACACAGAAAAGCCAGCUCAUGUUAAAAAGGAAGCACAAGGUCCAAGGAACCACCACCGUGCCAAGAGAAAGCCUCCCAAAGGCAUGCACCUAAACCAGAGUGAUGUGACAGCCAUGUCAAGCAGUGGCCCUGCCGCAGCCAGCGUUCUCAGGCAGCUGGACAUGGAGCUCAUUGCAAUUAAACGACAGAUUCAGAGCAUCAAACAGAACAACAGCGCCUUAAGAGAAGCGCUUGAUACAGGGGUAGAGGAGUUUCGGCCAGCUGAGGUGAAUCAGAAAUUUAACACACGCUGGACUACAGAGGAGCAGCUUCUUGCAGUACAAGCCAUUAGGAAAUAUGGAAGGGACUUUCAGGCAAUUUCCGACGUCAUCGGCAACAAGUCAGUGGUUCAGGUGAAGAACUUCUUCGUAAACUACCGUCGACGCUUUAAUUUGGACGAGGUGCUGCAAGAGUGGGAGGCAGAACAUGGUGUAGAAGCCUCCAAGAGCUCGGAGGAAGAAAAAAUGGAGGUGUCCUCUGAGGAAGGAACCACAACACCUGUACCACCAGAGGACCAGAAAGAGGAACCGAUGCCUACAGAAGCACAGACCCCUUCUGCCUCUUGAGUGCACAUAUCUGAUAGAUCAGACACUUCUGAUCUAUAUGCGAUCUGCAAUACUCUUGAAGGCAUGUUGCGCUGAAGAGGCACCGACUCGUAUCCACCAUUCCCACCAGUCUCCUUGCUGCUCUGCUGAAAUCUAUGAUUUUUAUAUGUCCUACAAAGUGGAAUCUCAAACUAGCUCAACCCAGGGGUACUUUUGUAUUGUCACUGCCAACAGGAAUUAGUCUCUCUGUCGGAUCAGUGUUGUGCCUGGUGUUAUAAGCACCGUAUUCACUGAACCUUCAGCAACAUUGAGGGCGCUGGAUGGAUUUUGUGACAGAGGAAGGCUUGACUUCUGUUGAAGGUUUAAUAAAAAUUGUUUUGUUCUCCCUCAUAA